GGGCCUUUCGGCUGCUCCGGCCCCUCCCCCGGGAGCCGCGGGCGGCAGUGACGACAGAGACGUGCGUCUGCGUGCGUCUGCGCACGGAGAGCUGGAGGCGGUGGUGGCGUGCUCGCGCCCGCGCACGUCCGCCCCUUUCUAGGCGCUUGCCAGCGGCUCUGGGGCAGCGCCGGGCCGCUUAUUUUGCCAGAAGAUUUUUUGGAAGAAGCAUUAUGGAAGUCCUCCGUCCACAGCUUGUAAAAAUCGAAGGGCGCAUUUACAGGAAGAACUUUAUACAAGAACAGACCUAUCAACAUGAAGAUGAAGAUGAAGAUUUCUAUGGAGAGCCCAUGGAGUGUGCAGAAGAGCUCAGUGAUUCCUGUGUGGUGGAGCAGACAGAGAGAGGCUUCCAGUGUGCAGUGGCUGUCCCUAGUCCACUGUUCAAAUAUAUAAUUGGGAAGAAAGGUGAGACCAGAAAGAAACUAGAAAUGGAAACUCGAACUUCUAUUAACAUCCCUAAACCUGGAAUGGAAGGAGAAAUUGUAAUCACGGGCCAGCAACGUGGUGGUGUCAUCUCAGCGAAGACUCGAAUUGAUGUCCUUGUGGAGAGUUUCCGAAGAAAACAGCCCUUCACUCACUUCCUUUCUUUCUCCCUCAACCAACCCGAUGUUCAGGAAGGGUUCUUGAAGUUCCAGGAGAAAGUCUUGGAGAAGUGCUCAAUGGAUCGUGGGGUCAGCAGUUGCCUUUUCCAAAAUCCAGCAAAACUUCAUCUAACUGUUGGAACUCUAGUGCUUCUCAGUGACCAGGAGAUCCAGCGGGCAUGUGAACUGCUGCAGCAGUGUAAAGAAGAGUUUAUCAACAAAAUUGCUGGAGGUGAACCCCUGUUAGCAGAGAUGUUGGGAAUAGAGUACAUGAAUGACGAUCCUAGCAUGAUGGAUGUUCUUUAUGCUAAAGUCCACAUGAGGGAUGGCUCUGACCGGCUGCAGUUGAUAGCUGACCAGCUGGUAGAACGGUUUGUGUUGUCUGGAUUGAUGAUGAAGGAAUGGGACAGAGUGAAACUCCAUGCCACAGUCAUGAACACUCUAUUCAGGAAAGAUCCCACUGCUGAAGACAGGAACAGUGCCCCAGCAGGAAAAUCCGGCCCUCGGGAAAGAGAAUCAUUUGAUGGCCGAAAUAUACUAAAGCCUCUUUCGUGCACCAGAUUUGUUGUCUUUAAGGGAAAUUACGUAUGCAGAAGAAAAGAUGAAGAUUGUGAAAAAAGAUGA